AUGACAAUCGAUAUUGAAACUUGUAGAAUUGGUUCAAUCAUACAGGACAUCUCAUUGGUACGUCUGGAAUGUGAUUGGAUACAUGAUCAGACUGAACAAUCAUUCCGAUCCAUACUAGAGAAGGGAGAGUCAAACUUCCUCUACAUAGAACUACUUUGGUCCAUUGGCAAGGAGCUCUCACCAUACUUUGAUAUACAAUGGCCUUUGGAGAAGAAGAUUGAAUUGAUCAAGACACCAUUCAUUAAGUUGUUAAAGUCUACUUUAUAUCAUGGCAAUAUGGAUGACAUCACAACUGAGGGCGAGCAGACUGUCUUGUCAAAGUUGACAAUGUUGGAGCAUCUGUUCUUCCAGCUUCAAAUGAUACAAUUGGAUCUGUUCAAUAAGGAGCAUGCAAUGGAGGUGUCUGAAGAGGAUGAUCAACAGAAGCAACAAGAUCGUGAUGACUUCCAGAAUGAUCUCAUCAACAAGAUUCAAGUGUUGAGUGAUAUCUUCCAGGUUCAGUUCAACAACUGGGAGAACUUUGUUGUAGUUCUAAAUACUAUCCAUCAAAAGAUUGAGUCAGUAUUGGCAACACUCCCAAGUGACUUUAUGAGCGAGCCAUUCUUCAAGAACAUCGUGUUCACAGAGGAUGAAAGGAAGACGAUUGAGGAGAUGAGUUUGACUCUGUUCCAUGACUAUUCAAAGAGAUCGGAAGUGUUGUCCAAGAGAUUGGACGUUACUUUAGAGUCGCUGUUGUGGUCCGAGCGCAUAGAGACCAAGAUGGACGAGAUAAAUCGUAUCAUUCGUUAUCAACGCGAGGUGUUCCCCACGAUACACCUAUACACUGUUCAGGACCUGCUAUGCACUCACCGCGACAUCCUCAAGAUCAUCAAGACAAGUCUACAAUCAAAGUCAUCAUCGGCAUUGGUCAAGCGAAUCAUUGUUGGCAAUGUUCCAGACCGUGGUGGACGACCAGGUGAUCGCAAGGCAGCCAUGCCAUCCUUCCACAAGCGAGUGGAAUACUCUAAUCAACAACAAUUCCAGCAUCAUAACAAAAAGUCAAAGAGAAAGUAA